CUCGGGAGGUGGAGCGGAAGCUGAGUGAUGCUCGGCCGCCGCUGACCUCAACUCCUCCGCCUGCCUCCAACUCCAACUCAUUCCCCCCCGCCAUGCGAUUCCCACUCCCUCCCAUCCCAGCUCCCUCGCCAUGGCUGCAGUGCCGCAGAGGACACUCAACUGGCUCUACGGCGUCUUAACGCGGGACCACUACGAUCCCAGACUAACCUACCAAGACCCCAACCGGACGUACCAUGAUGUCGCGAACGCGCUCGCCCAGUAUCCGUCCAUCGCUCCACGAACUGAAGUCUAUACCUACGAAACCGGCUUCUCGGCCCUGCUUCUCCAACUGUCAGGCACGCUCCCGGUGUCGUUUCGCGGCACCGUCUACAGAUUUCCUGUGACAUUGUGGAUACCAAAUACUUAUCCUCGAGAACCCCCAAUGGUCUACGUUACACCAACCCAAGAUAUGGCAGUGCGUGUAGGUCAGCACGUAACGCUGGAGGGGAGGGUUUACCAUCACUACCUCGCACACUGGGCUGAAGCAUGGGAGAGAUCAUCUCUGGUUGACUUCUUGUUAAUUUUGCGAGAGGUUUUCGCAAAGGAGCCGCCAGUGAGAUACAAGCAUCAGUCACAUGUACAGCAGCGACCACCGCUGUCACCGCAAGUGCAGGCACCUCCUCCUUUGCCUCCACUACCCCCCGAGCUCGAAUCAUCUCCUAGGCGCUCCGUAGUGACUCAAGUCCCAUCCGUUGCGUCUACGCAGCGCCCUGCUCAAGUGCCUCCGCCUCCUCCGCCUCCUCCGCCUCCUCCGAAGCCUGGCCAGACCACGGGUCCAGAAUCCCAGUCAGAGCGGUCCUCACCCGCAGGACGAUACAAUUCUCCCCCUCCGCUUCCCCCGUUACCACCCAAAGAACAAGACCUUCGAAGAUUGUCUUUCCAGCAGCAAUCAAGCAUCAACAUCCCUGGAGCCCGGCCGUCGCAGUACCCUCCGGAACAGAGCAGCAUCCCUCUGCAGCCGACUACAAGUCAGUACCAGCACCCGCAGCAUGCCCCUCCGCCAGCAACAGAAUAUCCCCAGGGACAAGCAUACGCUCAGCCUUUGAGCAAUGCACCCACCGCACCACCACAGGAAUUUGGGCGCCUGUCUCAUCAGCCCGUCCCAGCCCAGAUGCCCUCACGACAGACACCUCUGCCACAUACUGCAUACUCUCAGAGGCCGCCCCAUCAGGGCCCCGCUCAGCCCUUACCCCAGCAUCAACAUCAACCAGCUCUACCGGCACAGCAGCAGCAACGUCCCAAAUCUGAAACGCCCGACCUUCUUACCUCACCUUUCGAGCUCGAGCUCCCCUCAUUCACACCUACCGGCGCCGCACCCCCCAUUCCUCCCAAUCCAGAAAAGGACGCUCUGCUCCAUGCUGUCUCCAAGACUCUCUCUGAAACCCUGCAGACCAACAUUGCACAAUCUGGAUCGGCAGCGCAUUCUCUUCUCUCUCAGUCUCACUCUCUUCACGCUGCCAUUGCAACGCUUCAGGGGGAAAUCUCUUCUUUGACUACCCUCAAUGCGACGUUACAGUCGAAUACUUCCAUCCUCCAGCAUACUCUCCACCGCGCCGAUGGAGUCAUUGGCGACGCGCAGACGCGUAUCUCCUCACUAUCGGGAGCGCCCUCGUCCAGCACCAGCGAUGCUACCACGGCAGCGUCUGGUUUGCCCCCCAUUGAUGAGGUUCUCGUGGCUCCGACCGUCGUCGGGAAACAGCUCUACGAUCUCGUGGCAGAAGAACGCGGCAUCCAGCAAGCUAUCUAUGCUCUUCAAGCAGCGUUGGUCAAGGGAGUUAUCGGGAUGGAGACCUGGUCGCGGCACACACGUGGACUUGCGCGCGAAGCCUUCUUGAAAAGGGCACUGAUUCAAAAGAUCGGGAAGGGGAUGGGGCUGGAACUUGAAGAGGUUUCCUAAUAAGUGUGGCUUUCAAUGUCUGGUCGAGCCUUUCUGCUGGGCAAUCAAACAUGAAAUGUGCGUAGGAGUGAGAUGUAAAUAGACGAACGAUCGAUAGUCUAUUCGGCUGCGAUUGUAUAUAUAGCAUGAAUAUCAAGUGGUGAGGAUGCGACCAAUACAUCCUAGGAUUUAAGAUAUCCGCUGGGCGAUUGAACAAGCCACCUCAGGUCCCAAGGAGAUCGAGACUUCAUGCCAAUUUUCGACCAGC